AUGUGUAGUAGAGGCCAUUGGAGACCAUCUGAGGAUGAUAAGCUUAAGGAGUUGGUGGAAAGCUAUGGACCUCAUAAUUGGAACGCCAUAGCUGAAAAUCUCAAAGGAAGAUCAGGUAAAAGUUGUAGGUUGAGAUGGUUCAAUCAAUUGGACCCAAGGAUAAACAGAAAUCCUUUCACCGAGGAAGAAGAAGAGCGUCUGAUAACUUCUCAUCGGAUUCAUGGCAAUCGAUGGGCCGUAAUUGCGAGACACUUCCCCGGCCGGACGGAUAACGCUGUUAAGAAUCAUUGGCAUGUGAUGAUGGCGAGGAGUCGUCGCGAAAGGUACAAGAUCUAUGCGAAAGGUCCUCUUGAUCAUCACAUAAUUUUCUCUCCAAAUGAUCAUCAAACAAACUUAGAGGCAAGAAAUCUUCAUUCUUUUGUUGAGAACUAUCAUGAAAAGAAUAAUCACCCAAGUGUCUCAUAUAACCCUUUCCAAUUUCCGAUGUUUCGGUUUAAAGAUCCAAGUUCUUGUUCCACAAUGCAUCAAGAUAAAACACAAUCAAUUGAGUUCUAUGAUUUUCUUCAAUUAGAUUCCAAUAAAAGUGAAGUUACUGAUAAUGCUAGAAGAGAUGAUGAGGAAGUGAAUCAAAAUGUUGUGGAGCUAAAGAACAAAGAAAAACAUGUUCCAUUCAUUGAUUUUUUGUCUACUUCAAGCUGCUAA